GCUUUCUCAUAUUGCACUAAUUUUUCUUUAUAGUCACUUUCCAUGACUUUCAAAAGUGUUCUCCAUUGCCCUCUAUUGGUUUUCCUUCUCCUUGUUGGAUUUUGGGCAUUCAAUGGAAGUGCUCGCAAUCUCGAAUAUGCCUCAAUGCAAGAGAGGCACGAACAAUGGAUUGCUCAAUAUGGAAGAGUCUACAAGAACCAUCAGGAGAAAGAGUUGAGAUACAAAAUAUUCGAGCAAAACGUGAAACACAUAGAAGCCUUUAACAAUGAAGGAAACAAAUCUCACAAGCUUGGUAUUAACCAAUUUGCUGAUCUCACGAAUGAGGAAUUCAAAGCCAGAAAUAAACUCAAGGGUCGUGUGUUGUCUAAAAAAUUAAGGACAUCCACAUUCAGGUAUGAACAACUGACACAAGUACCGAAAACAUUGGAUUGGAGACAGAAAGGAGCUGUCACACCCGUCAAGGCUCAAGGCGUUGACUGUGGAGAUUGUUGGGCAUUUACUGUUGUGGCAGCCGUAGAAGGAAUUAUCAAGUUAACCACAGGCAAAUUAAUCGAUUUAUCAGAACAAGAGCUUGUUGAUUGUGACACAAAGGGUUUAGACCAUGGUUGCGAAGGGGGUGUAAUCGAAGAAGGCUUCAGAUUCAUCGUGGCAAAUAAAGGAAUUGCCUCAGAAGCCUCUUACCCUUAUCGUGCUGUUGAUGGACACUGCAAUGCAAAAGCAGCAUCGCAACAUGUAGCUACCAUUAGGGAUUACGAGUUGGUCCCUGUCAACAAUGAGACUGCAUUACUUCUCGCUGUUGCUAAUCAACCAGUUGGUGUAAGUAUUGAUUCUAGCACUUUUCAAUUUUAUUCAAGUGGGGUCCUCAGAGGAUCAUGUGGCACUAACCUUGAUCAUGGUGUCACUAUUGUGGGUUAUGGAGUAAGUGAUGAUGGAACUAAGUAUUGGUUGGCCAAGAAUUCAUGGGGCCCAACGUGGGGUGAACAAGGAUACCUUAGGAUACAAAGAGAUGUUGCUGCUAAAGAAGGCAUGUGUGGAUUAGCAACAGUACCUUUUUUCCCCGUUGCAUAAAUUUUAAACUUUUAGUUUUAGUUUCUAUUGUGGAUCAAAACUUCAAUUUAUUUUUCUUUGAAUUGCAUGUAAUAUUACAAGUCACCAGAAGUUAGGGAAGUAUACAAAUUCUAAGUUUGAAUCUUACUUCUGUUAUUGUA